CCGGGAGCAACGUGCCGACAUCGCGCGGGACGCGGAGGCGUAGCGCCUCCGCCCACUCCUCUGCACUGCAGUCCGCCCCGCCCAGCAGCCUCGGCUAGCUGACGCCUCCCCCGCCUCUGCGUGCGCUUUGACCACCGCUCGUCUCCUUCUCCUCGUCCCCCCGACCCCCUCCUCUUGCUCACCACUUCACCAGCCCGCCACCGAAAGCAACCACACCCCACCACGGGAUUAAACAAAGCGCGCUACGCACCGCAUCCAAUCAACGCAGCGGCGCACUCGCACCUCGCAACCGUAUCCCCCUCCUCCCCCCUCGCUUAAAGCCGAGCCCGAUCCAACCAAUCCCAUCCAGCCGAAUCCCCCUCGCCGUCGUCGCCGCCGCCGCCCUCUUCUUCUGCUUCUUCCUCUAAAACCCUAGCGGGAGCGGGGGAUGAAGAUCCAGUGCAACGCGUGCGGGGCCGCGGAGGCGCGGGUGCUGUGCUGCGCGGACGAGGCGGCGCUCUGCGCCGCCUGCGACGAGGAGGUGCACGCCGCCAACAAGCUCGCCGGGAAGCACCAGCGGGUGCCGCUCCUCUCGGACGCCGACGCCGCCGCCGGGCCCACGGCCGCAGCGGCGGCGCCCGCCGUGCCCAAGUGCGACAUCUGCCAGGAGGCUUCUGGAUACUUCUUCUGCCUAGAGGAUCGUGCACUACUUUGUAGAGAUUGUGAUGUUGCUAUACACACAGUAAAUUCAUUUGUUUCGGUGCAUCAGAGAUUCCUGCUAACUGGAGUUCAGGUGGGCCUUGAUCCUGCCGAUCCAGUUCCACCUAUUGCUGAUAAGCAUGUUAAUGCCGCUGGUGGGUCGGUACAUCAACCAGCAAAACAUCUGCCAAGGAGAAGCCCAACGGUUCAAUUUUCAGGUGAAGGCAGUGCUUCUGUUCCCAGCAAAAAUGUAACAAAUGGAGGCUAUGCACGACAGAAUUCUGUUCCAACGGCCAAGACAGGAGUGGUUGAUUGGACGAUGCACAAUAGUGCAAUUCAAUCAGUAGAAUCUCCGCCUAAAUACAUGUCAGAGGAAAGUCCAACACUUCUGCAAUCUAGCCAGACCACAGCCUUCUCCAACCAAAUUAACAGUGAUAGUGAUCGAGCCUACAACUUGCCAUUCUCAGGUGGCAAUGGGUCAGAUAGCCUACCAGACUGGCCUGUGGAUGAGUUCUUCAAUAACUCAGAAUAUAGUCCCAACUUCAGCUUUGUGGAGCAUGGUUCUUCUAAGAGUGACAAUGCUAAGCUGGGGAGUGCUGGGGGAUCUCCACAAUGCCGUCUAGCUGAAGGCUUUGUUGCUGAGGAACUAUUAGGCCAGGUGCCUGGAUUGGUCAACGAUGAAUAUAUGAGCCGAGUACCUGAGAAUUCAUGGACAGUACCCGAGGUUCCCUCGCCACCAACAGCCUCGGGACUCAAUUGGCAUGGGAAUUUGCACUUCCCUGCAUAUGACAGCACCAUGUUCGUUCCUGAAAUCUCCUCCCUCCAGGGCUCUCAAAAUCAAUUCGCUGUACCUUGUGGUUUCAAGCGCCCGAGGAGACAGUAUUGAGUGACAACAAGAGCACUAGAAACCACUUGUCUAUUUUAGGCAUCUUGAGCAAGGCCUCUUUGCUGGGCCAAAUGACGAAAAAACAUCAGGACUGGGUGAUCAUUCCAAGUUCAACCCAAUUAUUCAGUAGCCAGGUUUAAAGUGUGUUGUAAUGCCUCAAUGUUGUUCAUGUUCCAAAGAUUCGAGCUUCACUAGCGAAUUGUAGUUUGUGUAUAUAGCGAAAUAAAGAGGAGCACCAGUAACAUCAUAAUUAGUGGCGCAUGAAGUUCUUUCUCCAA